GUUGUCGUCAUCUUUCCAAGUAUUGCAACGUCAUCAAUAUACUUGGAUUGGAAUCACACCAGGAAGUGGAAGAUUGCCGAGAAAGAACGUCUGGCGGCACUUGAAAGCGAGAAGCUACAGUAAUACAGACAAAGAACUAAAAUGGCUAUCCUAGGAUUUACCCGUGAAAUGUUUCUGAUGGUUGUUCCCUUAACUGGGUAUGCCUUCGGUGCCUGGAUCGACCGUCAGGAAACCUUAAGAAUGACACGCUUCAGAGAUAAAUCUGCGCUCUAUGGGAGAACCCUUGCACCUGGCGAACCUCCAUCAUGGCCGUGAAUUGAAAUAUAAGUAUACUGGUUACCGUAGCAUGAUGAUUUAUUGUAAUAAAGAGAAAAAGCGGAGAUAAUGAAACGA